UAGAUACCCCACUCUAGAUCAAGAUUAACGACAACUAUGGACAUAAAAUUAUAAAAAAAACAAUAUAUUGUAUUGUGCGUUCAUUUGUAUUUAAAAAACCAUAUAGUGCACUCGCAACGUAAAUAUUUAAUUGUUUUAAUAUUUAUUUCAAAAUGAGUGCUGAAAAUUAUUUGACAAGGCUUGAAGCAAACUGUUUGUUAGCUGAACCAGAGCAAACUCCUCCCCCAGAAAUAUCAAAUUUUUAUUGGAAAAAUGAUUAUGAAGAAAAGUAUAAGGUUUUUAUUCCCACACCAAAUCGCUACGUUUAUUAUAAUUUAGAAGAAUACGUAGGAGACAUAAAAAUCGGCCAAAUCGAUGGAGGCGGAUGGCAAUGGGUGAGCAAAUGUGUAUUGCUGUCUCUUACGGAUACGUACCCUGAAGAUCAACCGUUUAUUAAGCACAUGGAGUAUUUGAUCGCUAAUUUGAACACAUGGAACCAAACUAACAAUCAAUCGGUAAAUAAAGAUCUGAAUAGAUCCUAUAGACUGACCAAGUACUUCGUGGAACAUAUUAUAAACGUUCGACAGCAAUUAAGAGGGAGACAUGCAGUAUUUAAAGGUGAAAUAACGGUGCAUCCUGACAAUGAUGCGGCAAAUGUAAUUCAUGCGAUGAAUAUUGGAUUCGAAUUAGCAGCAGAACGUUUUGCCAAUGAUCGAAAUCAUGGAGUUUAUGCUUAUGGACAAGGUCAUGGACAAUGAUGCUGUGCAUAGAAAGCUUAAUAUGGAACAUGUUUAUAGUUCCAUUAUAAUAUUACCUAUAAGAAAUAAGAAAUUUUAGCAGAUUUAAUAUCAAGCUUAUGAUUUACAUAACUUUGCACGAUUAUUUCCACUAAAACUUUAACAAAAGGCACUUAUUUUAUAAAUAUUUUAAUCUACCUAUAUAUCAUUACAUAUACAGUGUUGUAAAAAUUUUAUUUAAAGUAUGAAAACAAUUUACUGGUAUCGAAUAUUUUUAUUUUAAAUUAUUUAAAUUUUAUUUAAAACCUUGGUAUUGGAUUUUUAAUUUUUAAUUUUUUAAUUUUAUAAAUAAUAAAUAUUGAAUUUAAAAUAUCAUAGGUAUAUCUAAAAUAGUAUAAUCAAUAUUAUAUUAUAAAUAAUUUGUCUUAAAAAUUAGUUUUAUUUGCAUUGAAAAUGACAGCGUAACACCAUAUGACUAUAAACAUACUCAUAUUAUAUUCUUCUAUAUAUCAGUCAAUUUUAUAGUAGGUAAAUACGAAUGUAAACUAAUUAUACAUUAUAUUAUACAAUAUAUAUAUUAUAUGGAAUUAAAAUAUUGUAGAUAUAAUUAUUAUCAAAACAAUAUUCUCAUUAAAAAAUAAAUAAUAUCUAUAAAAUUAUCAAGUUUUUAUAUAUCUCUUUUAUGUUGUAUGCAUGACUUAUGAUCCAAAAUUGUAUAUGCGUAUAUAAAAUAUUUAAAAUAUUUUC